GGUUAAAAAGCAAUUUGGGACUUCCUCUUUGAACAGUUGCCUUUUCCUCUCACACAAGGAGGAUUUCAUUUUGUUUGAGACGAGAAACCAAACCACACACCAAAGAGAGGGGUAUGAUGGCUAAGAAGCCCCCAAAACCAGCCCCUCGCAGGAUCUUCCAGGAAAGGUUAAAGAUUACUGCUCUACCUUUGUACUUUGAAGGUUUUUUGUUAGUCAAGCGGUCAGGAUACCAGGAGUAUGAGCAUUACUGGACAGAGUUGAGAGGAACUACACUUUUCUUUUAUACCGACAAAAAGAGUACAAUAUAUAUUGACAAAUUAGACAUAAUAGACCUCACAUGCCUUGCUGAGCAGAAUUCAACUGAAAAGAAUUGUGCGAAAUUCACCCUUGUUUUGCCGAAAGAGGAAGUACAACUGAAGACAGAGAACACAGAAAGUGGGGAAGAAUGGAGAGGCUUCAUUCUUACAGUAACAGAGCUGUCAGUUCCCCAAAAUGUGUCACUCCUACCUGGGCAAGUAAUUAAACUACAUGAAGUCCUAGAGAGAGAAAAGAAAAGGAGGAUUGAGACAGAGCAGAGUACAUCUGUGGAAAAAGAGAAGGAACCAACUGAAGAUUAUGUGGAUGUACUGAACCCUAUGCCAGCAUGUUUUUAUACAGUGUCCCGGAAAGAGGCAACUGAGAUGCUCCAGAAGAACCCUUCUUUGGGAAAUAUGAUCCUGAGGCCUGGUAGUGACAGUAGAAACUACUCCAUCACUAUCCGGCAGGAGAUAGACAUGCCAAGAAUCAAGCACUACAAAGUGAUGAGUGUAGGACAAAACUACACUAUUGAACUGGAAAAACCUGUAACACUCCCAAACCUUUUCAGCGUCAUUGAUUAUUUUGUGAAGGAGACUCGAGGAAAUUUAAGACCAUUUAUAUGUUCAACUGAUGAAAACACUGGUCAAGAACCCAAUAUGGAAGGGAGAAGUGAAAAGUUGAAGAAAAAUCCACACAUUGCAUGAAAUACAAUGUGAAAGCUCCUUUGUGUAUCUUGGUAAUUUAUAUUUUCAAAAUGAAGUUCUUACUUUUAAAGAGAAUUAUCUAUAUUCUACUGAUCCUGUUUACCAAGUCAUUCACCUGAACACCAGAAUUAGAAUUAAACAUUGUGCCAUACAAUUUCAUUAUCUUAUCAGAAUGGAACCAAUUCACAGGGAAACUAGAGACUAUGGCUGUGGUGGUAACCUGCAGAUAUACACAUUCCCAUGCACUGACAUAAGCCGAAAACACAUACUACUUUCUAGAUGGAAUUUUUUUCUUUAGGCCUCAAUGAAAUACAUUUCCCCUAUAUAAUUCCCACAGCAGUUUCUCUAGUUCUAAAUUCUACCAAUUCCCAGAAAACCUAAGUUUUGUUGAAAUCUGAUUUGACCAAUUUAUCAAAUAUGUCAUUUUAAUUACCUAGCUGGAAGUCAGAGACAUGAAAUGUACUAGAGAAGCCCUUUUCCAAUGGAAGUAUUAUAUACCACAUUUUUUGUUAAUGGAAAUAAAUGUAUCCAUUCCCAUGUUUCUU